GAGACGAAGUUCAAAGCCAAAUCUGUGUUCAUAGUGAACACUCAAUGUACUAAACCAUGAUUCCAACUCUAUGGUUUCUCAUAUUAUCACAUACUUACUUUUGUUAUGCACAACAAUUUUAUGAUCCAACGUUAUGCGAUUCCCAUACAAAUAAUCCCGGGACACGCUACGCAUGCAAUUCGUUCCAGAAAUCAUGCCAAACAUUUCUUGUGUACAGAGCAAACCAGGGGUUUCAAACAAUCUUCAACAUUUCAAGCUUGUUCAAUGUCAUAUCACACGACGAGUUACUUUCUCUCAACAACUUGACAUCUUCGACUCAGAUACUUGAACCAGGUACAGAUGUUCUUGUUCCCAUCAAAUGUUCUUGUACAGGCCAGUUUUUUCAGGCAAAUUUAAGCUAUUAUGUUGCUUACAAUACGACUUUCGCGAAUGUGGCUUGUGGGGUUUACGAAGGUCUAGUGAAAUCAAGUAUCCUUGUUGAGGAAAACGAAUUUCAGGGAAAUGUUCUGAACAUUGGCUCUGUGCUUAAUGUCCCUUUGAAAUGUGCGUGUCCUGAUAAUGUCUCGAGUGUGGCGGGUUAUAAGUACUUUGUGACAUACCCUUUGGUGGAAGGAGAUUACACAAAUAAGGUAGCACAGAAGUUUGAUAUUGCUGGUGAGGAUAUUUGGGAAGCAAAUCAUAUUGAUUCGUUAGUAACUGUUUAUCCAAACACCACAAUUUUGGUCCCCUUGAGAUCUGAACCAAGGAUUCGCUUUAUUAGUCCAGAUUCUCAGCCUCCAACUCCGGGUUUUCUUCCCAUAAGUCCAAUUGAAAGGACAAAAAGCAUCAAGCUUAAGAAGCUGUACAUUGCAGGAUCUGUUAUCGGGUUUUCCCUUGUGCUUUUGACACUUCUUGGUUGUGGGAUCUAUGUAAAGGCCUUGAGAAGAUGGAAAGGGGAGAAAUUUCAUCACUCUUCAGCUCGUCGUAGCUCAAUGACUUCUUUUUCAACGCCUUUAAGCUCUCCGUUGUCUGUAAUGACUCCUAGGAGCUCCACUAAUUCUUGCUUGUCUCCUGAUCUUCUUAUUGGUCUAAAGUAUACUCUGUGCAGCUAUAGUACAGAGGAAAUUAGAGAAGCUACGAACGAUUUUACAGAAGAGACAAAGAUAAAUGGAUAUUUGUACAAGGGCUUUAUAGAUGAUGCUGAAGUGAUGAUCAAACAGAUGAGAUUUGAAGACAUUCGACAAGUUAUUGACUUGCAUUCGAAGAUGAAUCAUGUCAAUAUCAUGAAACUGCUUGGUGUAUGUUACGGUGAGAGUGAUUUUUCUUGGUCUUAUCUUGUCUUUGAACUUCCAAAAAAUGGGUCAUUAAGAGAUUGUUUGUCAAAACCACUUAAAUCACUGAAAUGGAUUAAAAGAACUCAUAUAGCUUAUGAUCUGGCCAAAGCCCUUCAUUAUCUGCACUAUUGUAUGGUUCCUCCACAUACUCACAUGAGCAUAAAUUCAACCAACAUUUUCCUGACACCGAGCUGGAGGGCGAAGCUAGCCGUUUCUGGUUCAACUCCUAGUGUAGGCUGCUCCAAGGAAAAUGAAAUAAUGUCAAGUGCUGGAGGGUGGAUUGCUCCGGAACAUCUCCUCAAUGGACUAGUGAAUGAAAAGGUUGACAUUUUUGCAUUUGGAGUAGUUCUGCUGGAGCUGAUGUCCGCGAGGGAGAGUGUAGAAGGAAGAUCAUUCAGAGAAUCCAUAGGAUUUUUAGGAGGGGGGGCUAGUGAAGGUGGUUGUUUUGAGCAGUUGAGGAGUUUCAUGGACCCUUCUCUGAAGGAGGAUUAUCCACUUGCUGAGGCUCUGUGUUUAGCAGUUCUGGCUAAGGCUUGUGUGGAAGAUGAUCCAAUGCAUAGGCCUUCUAUGGAUGAUAUCAUCAAAGUUCUUGCUAGAAUGGUGUAAAAAUGUCUUACACAUAUGCUAAAAAUGAUCUGCAGCUAUUUUCUCUUCUUUAGUUUCUACACAUCAUUUUUGGGACUAAAUGUUGUGUCAGUUAUGAUUCAGAAAUGAUGAAUUCUUGAUCAUAAUUUAAAGUCUUCUCAUGUUGCAUUGAGAAGCGAACUUGAGUGCACAAUUGGAAGUGUGCUGUGAACGAUUAGUUCACAACAAUAUAAUAUUGUUAUACACCCAAUUAGGAUCAUAUUUUGUAUUUGAUAAUUGUCAUUAGCCGGAUUUUAUUUCCGAGAGCAACUCCAGAAAAGUUUUUAGAGAUGUGUUUUAUCUGAUGAUAUUUUUUUCACAUUUUACUAUGAAAAACUAGCAUAAUAACCCGUGCGAGGCACGGGCAACUUGUGUGAAAUGUUGUAUGAAACAAGUAAAGGAUUGUUGCUCAAACAGUUGAA